UGCCAAGUAAGCAAAAGGGAUAGAUAGCUAUUAUUUCAGAUGUUUCAGUUUCGAGAACUAAGUAAAUGCAAUCUUCGUUAUAGUUCUUCCUCCUAGUGCAUUAACCAACUCCGCCUGGAGUCCCUCCGGGGGCUACUGCCGGUCCCAAGCCCGGAUAAAGGAGGAGGGUUGGGCAUGGGGUUAGCGUCCCCAUCCCGUAGAAAACUAACUCGCUAAAAAAACGCUAACCAGAGAAAAUUAUUCAAAUCUUUUAAACUCUGCCCUGGGAGUCAGAAGGUCUUCAUUUAGAAGAAUUAUGACGCCUCAUGAUGAAAGCCGAAUUCCUUAGGAAGUUACGAGGCCGAUGCCCCUUCUGACAACCAGAGCAACCAUUUAUUUAGGUACAUGGAAUGUUCGUACAUUGUGGCACACCGGAAGAGCUUUCCAAAUAGCUGCAGAAAUGAGGAGAUACAACCUAGAGGUACUUGGGAUCAGUGAAACACAUUGGACACAAGUUGGACAACAACGAUUAACUACAGGAGAGCUCCUAUUAUACUCCGGCCAUGAAGAAGAAAAUGCACCACAUACACAAAGAGUUGCAUUGAUGCUGUCCAAACAAGCGCAAAAUGCGCUUAUAGGAUGGGAAUCUCAAGGACCAAGGAUCAUCAAAGCCUCCUUCAAAACAAAGAAAGAGGGCAUUUCAAUGAACAUCAUCCAAUGCUAUGCGCCUACCAACGACUACAAUGAAGACGCUAAAGAUCAAUUCUACAAUAGGCUGCAGUCAAUCGUCGAGAAGUGCCCAACAAAGGACCUGACUAUUCUGAUGGGAGAUUUCAACGCCAAGGUUGGAACGGACAACACUGGAUAUGAAGACAUCAUGGGACGACACGGACUGGGAGAAAGGAACGAAAAUGGUGAGAUUUGCAAAACUAUGUGCCUUCAAUAAAC